AUGAUUAUCGAUUUGUCAGAUACGAGAAUCGCGAGACGAGAAUUCGAAAGAAAAAUAAUCGAAGAAGGAACGGCCGUUUGGAAAAAUAAAAGAAAACGUGAAAAUUUACUAGCAGAAGAAGAAAAAAAACAGCAUUGGGAAAUGUUAGCAACGUAUAAUCCUUGGGGUAAACCAGGGAACGGUGCACCCAUGCCGGGAGCAUUGAGAAAAACAAAAUGGACGAUACAAACACCGAACGAUGAAAUUAACCCUCAUUCUGUGACGACAUUAGGACGACCUGGACACGGAGCACCUUUGAGAACUUCAACCGGUCAAUUACAACCAUAUGUCAAAUCGGAUCCCCUCAUUAGAUUUCAAAUGCAUGAUUUAGCCAGGGGGGCCGUAGAAAACGAUCUUAGAUAUAAAUCUACGCCGUGUGACAAAGAAAACUAUAGAAAAGAAUUAGGUACGCCAUGUUUAUUAUCAUCAUUAUUGUAA